UGCGACAACUAUAUGCAAUACGAGCGUAAAAGUCAUUCGAAACGAAUUUUGAAAUUUGUGUCACAAACGGUUUUCAUUAUCCUCGGCGAUCAUAUUUUCUAAGCAUACCUCCAUUACCUUCCGCGCUUGUUUGGCCGCUUGAGUUGAUUGUAAAUUCGUUCUUUCGAUUGCCGCGUUCUAUUUUUCAUUGAUUGUUGACUUAUUGGUUAAGUAUAAACGUUGUCUAAUUAGUAUUUCAUCAAUAAAUAAGCGGCAGGGACGAACGCGUGUGAUUGUAUAUAUUUUACGGCUGGCUUGCUUUAUUUGGCGUAGAUAGAUAUUGCAUAUCUUCUUCGUGCCAUCUGCGUUUGCCGGGAAUAUUAAGUGAAGCGAUUACGAAAGGUAGCGGAUUUAGAUUUAGGUACGGUAAACGUAAGUGCACGUGUGUGUGUAUAAGUAGCUGAAACUUUGUUCAAGAUGGCACAAAAGACUGAUGAUAAAACGUCUGACAUACCAGAGCGCCUGUAUGAUACAACCACAAGGUCCACCUACAAGCGUCUGAGAUUUUUUGGAAAAGGUGGCUUUGCAAAAUGCUACGAGAUUGUGGAUGUGGAGACCAACAAUGUAUACGCAGGCAAAAUCGUAUCCAAAAAAUUGAUGUUGAAACAUAAUCAAAAAGAAAAAAUGUCGCAAGAAAUCACUAUACACAAAAGUCUGAAUCAUGAAAAUAUUGUUAAAUUUCAUAGUUUCUUUGAGGAUAGUUUCAAUAUUUACAUUGUGCUGGAGCUAUGCAAAAAGCGGUCAAUGAUGGAAUUGCAGAAGCGCCGAAAAACAAUAACUGAGUAUGAGUGCCGGUACUACAUCUAUCAAAUUAUUCAGGGUGUUAAAUAUUUGCAUGAUCAUCGUAUAAUCCAUCGCGAUCUCAAAUUAGGCAAUCUUUUCUUGGAUGAUCUGCUGCAUGUGAAGAUUGGAGAUUUUGGUCUUGCAACGCGUGUUGAGUUCGAAGGAGAACGCAAAAAGACACUUUGUGGCACACCCAACUACAUUGCACCUGAGAUACUCAACAAAAAGGGUCACUCGUUUGAGGUAGACAUUUGGUCGAUUGGUUGCGUUAUGUAUACGCUAUUAGUCGGACAACCCCCUUUUGAGACCAAAACAUUAAAGGACACAUACGAGAAAAUAAAAAAGUGUCAAUACAGAGUCCCUAGUUAUCUGCGCAAGUCAGCUGCAGAUAUGAUUGUUUCUAUGUUGCAAUCUAAUCCAGAAUUGCGCCCAACCAUUGGCAAACUGCUAUCAUUUGAGUUCCUCAGCUGUUCGCCAGUGCCAAUGUUCUUGCCCAGCUCUUGUUUGACUAUGGCUCCUCGACUUGAAGUGAACGAGGAUAAUAUGGUCCACCGCAAACCUUUGCUAGAAUUGAACGGCAUCAAAGAUGAUACGCGAUUGGAGCAUACAUUCCUCAAAAAUAAUCUACACGAUGCUAUUACCGCAUCUGCACAAGUGUUUCGUCAUAAUGAAGAUUAUCGUAUGGAUAUAGAAAGUCUCUAUCAGCAACUAACGGAACUCAUUAACGCCAAGCCAAAGUUGCUAGCCCGUAAUUUGGGCGAUGAAAAUACUGAUCCAGCAGCGCAGCCUCUAUUCUGGGUAUCCAAAUGGGUUGAUUAUAGUGACAAAUAUGGUUUCGGUUAUCAGUUGUGCGACGAAGGAAUGGGCGUAAUGUUUAAUGAUACCACGAAACUUAUAUUGUUGCCCAACCAGAUCAAUGUACAUUUCAUCGAUAAGGAUGGCAAGGAAACGUACAUGACCACAACAGACUAUAGCAAAGCUCUAGAUAAGAAAAUGAAGUUGCUCACCUACUUUAAGCGUUACAUGACUGAACAUCUCGUUAAAGCUGGAGCGAAUAAUGUGAUUUUUGAAAGCGAUCAGAUUUCGCGUAUGCCGCAUUUGCAUUCAUGGUUUCGCACAACAUGUGCGGUGGUGAUGCAUUUGACGAAUGGUUCACUACAGUUGAAUUUCUCCGAUCAUAUGAAGAUUAUUUUGUGCCCACGCAUGAGUGCCAUUACUUACAUGGACCAUGAAAAGAAUUUCCGUACUUAUCGCUUCUCAACUAUCAAGCAACAUGGCUGUUCGAAGGAUCUUUACCAGAAAAUACGUUAUGCCCAUGAGAAACUCGACAAAAUGUUGGAGAAGAUGCUCUUCUAACUCCAGAUGUUUCAGAAUCAGUAGCUAGCAUCCAGCUUCCCACAUUAAUAUGGUGAUUUUAAUGUAUAAUGAUGUGUUUGCUCGUGCUCUUGGGUAGCCAAAAAGCCAUUUGAUACCCGCAAAUAUUUUUUUAUAAAAUGUUUGUUUUUGUAAAAUUAGUUUUAUUUUGUAUAAUCGUAUUUUCCUUGAUCUGUUAGUUUUUCUGUUCAUUGUAUUUUCCAUUUAUUUCGUUACAUCCAUUCACAUUCCAUCUUGUCGUCUUCAUUAAAACGAAAAAAACAUAAACUGCAUAUACCACCGCCAUACAAUUAUGACGAUAUAUUAGCUAGCUAGCAGCACAGAUUUGGGGUGUCUUUUGACACUGCCUGCUCCGUAGCUUCGCUCGCUGCACAAAUUAAAAAAUAUACAUACUUACAUAUAUAACGAAAACUACAUUUAAAUUUAGGUUCUAAUAAAUUUUAGUUUGUGUUUUUAAUGAUAUUAAAUAAAAAUACAAAACCUUUUUUAAUUGAAAAAUGAAA